AUGGCCGAUGCUGCUAAUACUAUCUUCAUACCUCCUUCAGAAACAAAAUUUUAUCGUCGAAAACGCUUUAACUUUAUCAUCGGUCUUUCGUUAGGGCUAUUAUUAGCUAUGUUUGCUGCUACUACAACUCCUGCCGUGGAACAAACACAGAAUCUCUUGACUAGUGUUCAAGACUAUCUGAUGCUUCAAUUGGCUGACAUAGAUUUAGCUAAUUUACUGCCACAAUCAGAGUUAGUGGACGAAUUUUUAAGUAACUUUACUCAGAUAAUUAAACCAAUUCCAGCUACAGAAAUUUCAUUUAUGCCAGCCCUUGAAUAUAAGGAUGAACUUAACUUAAAACCACAUUUUCCAGUUGUCAUGAUACCUGGUAUUAUUUCCACUGGUUUAGAAAGCUGGUCAACUGAUAAAGUAUCAAGGAAAUAUUUCCGAAAAAGAAUGUGGGGUUCUAUGUCAAUGGUAAGAUCUGUAUUAUUAGAUAAAGAAGAUUGGACGAAUAAUAUAAUGCUAGAUCCAGUUACUGGUCUUGAUCCACCUCAUCGAAAAAUUCGUGCAGUUCAAGGUGUUGAAGCUGCCGAUUAUUUUAUUACAGGCUAUUGGGUUUGGGCCAAAAUUAUUGAAAACCUGGCUACUAUUGGCUAUGAUACUAACACUAUGCAUUUUGCAUCUUACGACUGGCGUCUAGCCUUUGGUAAUCUUGAGGUCCGUGAUUAUUACUUUUCACAACUCAAAGCUAAAAUCGAAUUAUCAAAACAAUUUACAGGGCUCGGAUCUGUCAUUAUCACACAUUCUAUGGGUGGGAGUAUGUUUCCUUAUUUUUUAAAAUGGGUUGAAAGCGAUCAAGGUGGAAAAGGGGGUCCAAAUUGGGUGAAUGACCAUAUUGAGUCCUUUGUUAAUAUCGCAGGCCCCCUGAUGGGUGUUCCUAAAGCGGUUACUUCUCUUCUAUCAGGUGGAACGACUAUAUGGGGGAACUCUACUUCUGCACCCGAUGAUCAAAUUGAUGAAAAAUACGAAUCAUUUGGUAACAUGAUCUCCUUCGUUCCACAGCAUCCUUUAUUACGAAAUUAUACUGUAGACGGUUCAAUUAACUUACUACUGAAGAAUACAGAUGCCAACUUUAAAAAGCAAUUAUAUGCUAACUAUUCAUUUGGUAUUACAACGGAUGAAGCACAGCUGUUGGAAAAUGAUGAGGAUCCGAGAAAAUGGUCAAAUCCAUUAGAGACAAGAUUGCCGAUAGCACCUAACAUGAAAAUUUUUGUUUAUACGGUCUAUUAUUAUGCAGUAGCGGAUGAAUCAGUUGAAGAAGAUUGUUUGCAUCACAACUCGACUGUAAAUGGAUGCUCUCAUGAAGAAAAAUUUGAACAUAAUAUAACAAAUGCUUUUGAAAAUAGGGCGGAUGAUUCACUUCCUAUAAAAGCUGUACCCACAGAGUUGAAAACACCUAGAUUGUACAUUGAUGCUAGUGUAAGUGAUCCUGUUCAGCGAAUCGAAACUGGUAUUCGUUUUUCUGAUGGCGAUGGUACUGUUCCUUUGUUAUCAUUGGGCUACAUGUGCGCUCCUUCUGGAGGUUGGACAAAACAUGCAAACCUUUAUAACCCAGGCCGUAGUCCAGUUGUUCUUCGUGAAUAUGACAAUAAAAUAAGUCCUAGUAAACUUGAUUUGGAUAUAUUGCAAAUUGUGUCUGGUUCUGGAGCCAAUAUUACUCAAAGGAUUUAUUCUUCUAUUGAAGAAUACGCAAAAAAGAUACAACUACCUUCUUCCUCAGCAUAA